AUGUCUACCAGCCCACAAUCAAUGAAGCGGUCGUUCGACGAUGCCAGCGAUGCCUCUGGGCACCCCGACAUGCCUACAAAGAAGGGCAGGCCCUCGUCGACAUCCAAUGCUAGCUCGCCCAGCAACAAUAAUGUCCCGUCGAUCUUCAACGAUCUUGCGGGGAAGGGAUGCCGCAUCCCGACUAUCAGCAGGAAGGUGCGUGCGUGCUCGGCGUGUAAGAAACAAAAAAUCAGGUGCGACUUUGAGGAGGGAGAGUCGACGUGUGUCCGAUGUAAGAAAAUGAAGUUGGACUGUGUGGUCAAUAGAAGUUUGCAGACGAUCCUGGAUGAAGAUGUGGAAUGGAAACACCAGAUGCGCGAAGACACGGUCCAGCUACAAAGUGCUGUGGACGUCAUUCUGUCCAAACUGGGACUUGGAAAGUUGUCGGAGUACGAUAGGCGCGCCACCUCGCCCGCAGCUUCUACAACCUCCACUGAGCACCGGAGUGCCAUUGCAGGCGCUCACCCACACUCAUCUACACGGCUGCCGCUGGGGAGGAUAAAGAUGGAGCACGACGAUAAUAAUAAUAGUAGUAUACAUGGGCAUGGGGGAGUACAUGGAGGACAUGGGAGAUUAUUAGCUGUAGGAACGGCGGGUAUGGAUGACCUUCGCCGGGAAAGCAAUGCCACAGAAAGAGAGGGGUCCCAGGAACCUCAUGAUCAUGUAGGAAGCACACUGGUCUCGAACCCAAUGGGCUCGCUCUACGAGGUGACAAAGUUCCGGGGCCUGCGCACUCAGCGGGCUGGCGGGGAAAGGUACCGGCAUCCGUCAGAGAUGGGCGGUGAUUUCAUAUCAAGGGAGGUCAUCACGCAGCAGGAUGGAGAGGAGCUUUUUGAAAUGUAUGCACCGAUCGUAGAUCAUAAUGGUCAGCUACUUCUACCUCCGCCGCCGCUGCCGCUGCUAUCCCAUCAAGGGGGUGGCGGAGGUGGUGGUGGGGGUGAGGGGGAUGACAUGACUGGGCCAAAUUCUCUCAAUCACUAUCUGUACGGCAUCGCAUUGACUCAUGACACCCUGGAAUCCGUAAGAGCAUCCUCUUGCCUGCUCUCUGCUGCGAUCUUCACCGUAGCCUCUCUCUACCUGCCUCAACAUCACCAUCUGUACAAAACCUGCUACCAGGAGUUCCUCAACCUGGUGUCCUCAUCUAUGUUUGACCGCCGCCACGGAUUGGACGACGUCCGAGCCCUCUGCAUCGGCGCCUUCUGGCUCCAUGACCUCUCUUGGAAGCUCUCUGGGCACGCCGUACGCAUUGCUACGGAGCUGGGCAUUCACCAGUCGUUUCGGAAGGCACUUGCUGGGUCACCGGAACACUUUGAACGGGCACGGCUAUGGUACUUGCUCUAUGUUUGUGAUCACCAUUUUUCAAUCGCAUACGGCCGACCCCCGGUAAUACACGACACUGAGCCAAUGCACGAGUGGGAGAUCUUUGUGGCGUCCAAACAGGCUAUCGAGGGCGAUAGUCGAGUGUGCAGUCAGGUCUCGCUGUUUGUGGUGCUCACACGGGUUUACAAUUGCUACGAGGCAGAAGCCGAAAAGGAGAUCUCGGACGACAACCUGAAGGAGCUGGCCGAGUUCAACAAGCAGCUUGAUCAGUGGCGGGCAAGAUGGAUGAGCAAACUAGGUAACAUACCACCACCGCCGUCCUCCUACUCCUCCUCCUCCUCCUCCUCCUCCUCUUCCUCCUCCUCCUCCUCCUCCUCUUCCUCCUCCUCCAACAUAUUCAAUAAUAUUGCUGCGAGCCGCCGGUAUGAUAAUAACGACGGCUGCUACGAUAAUAACCACAAUCAUCAAAACCAAAAUCAAAGCUCUAGUAAUAAUAACAAUACGAACAAUGCAGGGCGGAACAUAAAAGUCGGUGACUAUCCGAACCAGGGCGUCGGCCUACACUACAACUUUGCAAGACUCCAGGUCAACUCCAUCUCCCUCCGUGGUGCCUCCACAUCUACCAUCAACAACCCCUCCGCCGUCCGCAAAGAUCAUGCUACAAUUGCCAUCCACUCCGCCUUCCAGGUGCUCUCAAUAGUCCUCGAUGUCUCCGACAUCCGGGAAUCCCUUGUCGGUGUCCCCCUCUACAUGACAACAAUGAUUGCCUUUGCCGCCGUCUUCCUCCUCAAAGUCACUGCUCGCUGGCGCGGCAUCGGUUUCUCCCCCUACGAACCAGACCAAGUUUGGGAACAAGUCAACCGCGUCAUAAACAUGCUCAAGGAAAAGCGUCUCGGCGAGCAGCACAUUAUCCACCACGUUGCGGCCGGCCUCGAGAAGAUGAGGCGAAAGUGCAUCGAGCUGUCAAAUUCUAGCAGCCCCUUUGACGACUCCCGUCUCUGGGAUAACUCCUCGUACCAGAUCCAAGCGCCGCUCCAGCACCAACAAAACACUAUGCAUCUCCCUCCGGUGGACCCACGGCUGAGAGACGGCAUGCCGCCGUACUCACCGGCGAGCUCGAUGAUGCACGGACAUCCCCAACAGCAGCAGCAGAUGUAUAUGCAGCAACAGCAACAGCAACAUCACGCUUACUCGCCGCAUCCAAGCCAGAUGGGACCGCCGUCGAGUACGUCGUCGGUGGGGAGCACGCCCGAGGCAAUGUAUCCGCAGACGCUGGGGCCGCAGAUGUAUGAAGUGAACGGACAGUACUAUCCAGUACACAUGGGUAUAUUUGAUUUUCUGUCACCACAGCUGCCAUAUUAG